GGAAGGCAGAGUGAGUGAGGAUGCACUCCAGCCGCUGCGGUGACCUCUGGUCCCAGAAGGCUGCCAGAGCGCCAGCGGACACCGUGCGCUCCAUCUCCAAGGACACCUGAGCACAAAUGUCCCCUUGGAAGCGGGGCAGGCAGUCGGCUCGAACAGACCAUCAGGAAACGCCACUCACGUCUGGCACCUUCCAAGUGAGAGACUGAGCCGCUCUCCACCGCGUGUCCUCCAGCCCGGAGGGUGGGAAGGUCUGGGACGAGGAGUCCUUCACAACCGACACCAGCACUGCUCCAUGAUUGGUCAACCAGAGGCACAGUACAAGUGGGAUGUGCGAGGGACUCCAGGCCACCGAAUCUCCUACAACCAGUUACCUUACGAGCGCCCCAUCUGGAACCCCAAAUUCUGCGUCAUCUCCGGAAACCAGCUUCUUAUGUUAGACGAAGAGGAGGUGCACCCGUUGUUGCUUCGGGAAAGAAGGCACGAGCCUUCCUCGAGGACUAAGCUGCUUCGUCGGACUGUCAGCGUCCCAGUGGAAGGGAGACACGCCGACCACGAGUAUCACCCAGGCAGGUCUUCAAGGAGGAAGAGCAUACCUGGAGGGAAGCAGCUGAGUAUGGAUGCUGUGACGUCAGCUCCCUUCAGACCCACACAGGGAUUCCUGAGCCGGAGGCUGAAGGGCUCCAUCAAGAGGACCAAGAGUCAGCCGAAGCUGGACCGGACCAGCAGCUUCCGACACAUCCUGCCCCGCUUCCGCAGCGCCGACCACGACAGAACCCGUCUGAUGCAGAGCUUCAAGGAGUCGCACUCCCACGAGUCGCUGCUGAGUCCCAGCAGUGCAGCAGAAGCACUGGAGCUGAGCAUCGACGAAGAUGCCAUCAUCAAACCGGUCCACAGCAGCAUCCUGGGACAGGAGUUCUGCUUUGAGGUGACCACUCCCUCGGGAACUAAAUGUUUUGCCUGUCGGUCAGGGGCCGAGCGAGACAAGUGGAUUGAGAACCUGCAGCGAGCGGUGAAGCCGAACAAGGACAACAGCCGGCGGGUGGACAAUGUCCUGAAGCUCUGGAUCAUCGAGGGCAAGACCCUGCCGCCCAAGAAGCGCUACUACUGCGAGCUGUGCCUGGACGACGAUGCUGUACGCCGCACCACCAGCAAGAUGAAGACGGACAACGUCUUCUGGGGGGAGCACUUCGAGUUCAACAACCUGCCGUCCGUGCGCAACAUCCGCAUCCACUUGUACAAGGACACGGACAAGAAGAAGAAGAAGGACAAGAGCAACUAUGUGGGGCUGGUCAACAUCCCCAUCAGCAGCGUGGCCAGCCGCCAGUUUGUGGAGCAGUGGUACCCGGUCAGCCAGCCCAGCUCCAGCCGGGGCAAGGCAGGGGGUCCCACCAUCCGCAUCAAGUCCCGCUACCAGAGCAUGAACAUCCUCCCCAUGGAGCUGUACAAGGAGUUCGCUGAGUACGUCACCAACAACUACAAGAUGCUCUGCGCGGUGCUGGAGCCCGUGCUCAGCGUCAAGAACAAGGAGGAGGUGGCAUGCGCGCUGGUGCACAUCCUGCAGAGCACGGGCAAGGCAAAGGACUUCCUCUCUGACAUGGCGAUGACGGAGGUUGACCGUUUUGUCGACCGUGAGCAUUUAAUAUUCCGUGAGAAUACACUGGCGACCAAGGCGAUCGAAGAGUACUUAAAGUUGAUUGGUCAGAAAUACCUCAAGGACGCAAUUGGGGAGUUUAUCCGAGCACUUUACGAAUCUGAGGAGAACUGCGAGGUAGACCCAGCCAAGUGUACCUUUUCCACCCUGGCUGACCAUCAGGCCAACCUGAGGAUGUGCUGCGAGCUGGCACUUUGCAAGAUCGUCAACUCCCAUUGCGUCUUUCCCCGUGAGCUGAAGGAAGUGUUUGCCUCCUGGAGGCACCGCUGUGCGGAGCGUGGCAGAGAAGAUAUCGCCGAUCGCUUGAUCAGUGCCUCCUUGUUCCUCCGCUUCCUAUGCCCCGCCAUUAUGUCUCCCAGCCUCUUCAAUCUGAUGCAGGAGUAUCCGGAUGACCGUACCUCCAGGACCUUGACCCUGAUAGCAAAGGUCAUUCAAAAUCUGGCCAACUUUACCAAGUUUGGCAGCAAGGAGGACUACAUGUCUUUCAUGAAUGAAUUCCUGGAGCUUGAGUGGGGCAGCAUGCAGCAGUUCCUGAUGGAGAUUUCCAAUCCGGACACAGUGACCAAUGCAGCCAGCUUCGAAGGUUACAUAGACCUGGGCCGUGAGCUCUCCACACUUCACUCCCUUCUGUGGGAAGUGCUGCCUCAGCUGAGCAAGGAAGCUGUGCUGAAGUUGGGGCCCCUUCCUCGCCUCCUCAAUGACAUAAGUGGUGCACUGAGAAACCCCUCACACGUACAAAGGCAGUCCAGCCACAUCGCGGAACGCUACACUUCUGGGCCCAGCAUCAACCGUGGUGUGUCAUCUGACCUUCAGAAGUACACAGUAAAAGAUUUGAAUAGCUCGAUUGACAUGACCAGGCUGCCUUCUCCGACCAAGGAAAAGGGAAAGGACGUCUUUUACGUGACAAGGCCUCCACUUGCACGAUCCUCCCCGGCAUACUGCACGAGCAGCUCCGACAUCACCGAACCCGACCCCAAAAUGAUGACUACAAACAAGAGCAUCUCCAUGAUGGACCUCCAGGACAGCAGGAGUAUGAAUAGCAUAAGCAACCUCCAAACGGUCGGGGAUAUGUUAAAUAGCAGCCAGGCCUCGAUUGGAACCACAGUGGGCCUCAGACCAAGCCGGCUGUCUCAGGGCAGUGGGUCAAGCGUGUCGGGAGGUCUGAGACUGGGUCAAAUGGGCAUCACCACGGAUGGAUUGCACGGGCAGCUGAGGGUCCCCUUGUCCUUUCAGAACCCCCUGUUCAACAUGACCUCGGACGGGCCUGCCUCACUACGGACUCCCGCUGAGCCCGGCGUCGGGCUCUUGGGUUACCACGGCUACAGCAAAAGCGAAGACCUGUCCGCCAACAAGCAGAUCUUCCACAGCCACAGCUACAGCGACGAGUUCGCCCGCCAGAACAGCGAGUUCAGCCGCCGGCAGCUCUCGCUCACCGACAACCUCCAGCACAUGCUCUCGACGCCCCCGACCAACAUCGGCCCCCAGAGAAGGAUAGACCAGCCGCCGCCUCCCCCUCCGCCUCUCGUCCGGGGGAAGACGCAGCAGCUGACGGUCAGUGCGGCCCAGCGACCCCGGCCGCCGAGUGCCAACCUCCUGCAGUCACCCGCCGAGCCUGCCCACGCUCCCAAGGUGCGGCAGCAGUCAAUCAUGGCCAAAACUGACACUCCGGCUCCAAAAUCUGCCAUCACCAAACAGGCCUCCCAUUCGCCCUCGACGCUUCACCCUGUCACCCCAUCGGAGCGCACCGUUGCCUGGGUGACCAACAUGACUCACCUGUCUGCAGAUAUUGAGAGCUCGCACCUGGAGCGGGAAGAGUACAAACUUCGGGAGUAUUCCAAAUCGAUGGAUGAGAGCAGGCUGGACAAGGGGCAACAGACUCAGUAUGAGGAGGAAAUUCUUUCCCUGAAGGAGCGGCUGCAGAUGUCAAACCGCAAGCUGGAGGAGUAUGAGCGGCGGUUGAUGUCGCAGGAGGAGCAGACGGGGAAGAUCCUGCGGGAGUACCAGUCACGCCUGGAUGAGAGUGAGAACCGUCUACGCCGACAGCAGGAAGAGAAGGACAACCAGAUCAAAGGCAUCAUCAAUAGGUUAAUGGUGGUGGAAGACGAGUUGAGGAAAGAUCACGCCAACAUGCAGGAGGCCAUCGAUGCCAAGCAGCGGAUAAUCGACGUUCAGGAGAGGCAGCUCUCAACGAUGGGGGCCACCAACUCCCGGCUGAUGAGUACCCUAACUCACAUGAAAGACCGGUGCAGCGAGACCCAGCUGAAUGGCGUGACGUCAUCGCACCCUCCGCCGCGCCUCCAGAUCACUGAAAACGGCGAAUUCCCUUUCAGAAAUGGGGCGCAGAGGUGGAAGGACAACACGGAACCCUAGCCGCUUUCUCCCGUUGACAUAUGGGGCAUUUCGAUAGCCAUAGACAAAAAAAAAAUUCAAAACGAAAAGAAAAUAACUUCAAAAUCGACGCAGUUCUGAGUCGACAAUCGAUAGCCAUACAUAUAUAAAUAACGUUUUAAAAUUUAAAACAAAAAAAACACAGGCAUGGCUAAACAUGAUUUGACGUUUGUAUCAUGUGACUAUAAUCUCUGUUGCUAUAGUAACCACUGCCAGAAUAAUGUUGGAGGAAGUGAUUGUACUGGUUUAUGUUGUUCUGUGUAUAUAUUUAACAAGGAGAAAACAAAAGCGUUAAUUUUUCAGGUCUUUGAUUUAUCCAUUUUAAAUGCCGACUUUGUAAUUAAUCCCCCUCCUAACCCCAUAAAAUCAAAAUAUUUAUACGUAUAUAAAUGUGUAUAUAUGUUGAAUUUUUUCUCCCCACACGUGUAAUUAAGAGAAUGUUGUUUGUAUUGUAAAUAACAACGAUAUGUACUGUACAUAGUUUAACAUAUAUUCCUGGUUGCCGUGACACCAGGGAUGCUAUCUGAUGCUUCUGUUGUUGUGUUGUAUGGG